GAAAGGUGAAAGGCAUUUGGCCUUAAAAUAAACGGGAUGACAACGAUGGAUCGGCCGCCCUGCUGGUUCCGCUCAGAAAUUUUCAAUUGCAGCAUCUUCAUGCCGGACGGAGGCAAUCUGUUCGGAGUGCGGCUCCGUGCUCACAGCAUCUUCAGUCCUCAAAGUGAACAGGAUCUCGUAAGGAGCAAUGGGCCAUAGGUGAAUGUCGGGUGGGGAUUCCAUGAGUGCAGCAACCAAUGCCGGGAGGAUGCUUGGUUCGACUCAUCCAUGCAAAGGAAUCUUGAUGUGGAUAUAUGCAAGCUGUGCUAUUGCGUCCGGAUCCUUGUUCGGGGUGGUGGUGCUUCGCCGGUUGUUCCCCUUCACCAGUGUUUACUACUAACUCGUUAUCAUUACUUGAUGUCAAGCGCAAUGAUGUGCAAAGAUAUACAUGACACAGUGACAGAAAAAAACACUCGAGCUGGGUGGCUAGAGAAAGGAAUCGCAACGACCGCAAACGUCGUCCUGAACGGCUUGCUAACAUUUCGCGGACAAUGGGAGCCGUCAUCCGGCCUUGCAGCAGAAGUCGAGUCCCAUCUUUGCUGGACUGGAGAUUCGUUAUUUGCAGGAUCAAACGGCACUCCAUCACCAUACGAGAUUCCUAGAUGGUUGACGCAACCCGCCCGGCGGGUACCACGUGGAAACAGUGGACUCUGUUUUGCCGUCAAACCAUACUACUGGCGCCCCCUCGCUUAUGUUUUCCAUCCAGAGCAAUGAGGUUCCCCUUGCAACAGAUGAACAGACGCCGAGGUCUUCGUGCGUGCUUGGUUGGGGGAAGGGGGGCGGGGGCGGGGGCGUGAAACGGGAUGCAUCUUCAUGCAUCCGGUGGUGACCAGUGUGGGAUUCAUAAUCCAAGUA